AUGGAGUUUUCUAACCUUUACGAUGAUAUAUCAUCUGUUGUUGAAGAAACCAACAGUAGUUUCGACACUGUUUGCAGAAACAGGAGGCGAAAUUACGAUGAAGAAGAUGAUGAUAACAAUGAUGAUGAAGGGAAAUUUAAGUCUAAGAACCUCAAAGCAGAAAGAAAAAGACGUGAAAAGCUCAAAUCCAGGAUGCUACAAUUACGAUCUCUAGUUCCUAAAAUAACAAAUUUGAACAAAGAAACGAUCAUAACUGAUGCUAUUGAUUAUAUCGAGGAGCUUAAAAUUUCCGUGACAAAUUUGACUAACAAGAUACAUGAAAUGGAAGUUGAAAUGGCAAUGGAAGAAUCGUUUGAUAUUAUCCAACUUUGCCCUCAGGAAAAAAUGAAAAACUGGGGUAUAGAGUUGGAAGUAGAGGUGAGCCGUAUCAAUGAGAAUAAGUUGUGGAUGAAGAUAAUUUUUGAGAAAAAAGUAGGAGGGUUUACAAAAUUGAUGGAGGCAAUGAGCAUCCUCGGGAUUGAAGUUGUUGAUAUUAGUGUUACAACCACAAAAGGGGCAAUUCUUAUUACUUCAUGUAUUGAGGGAAAAUUGCUUGUUCCUGAGCGAGUUCGAGAAGAAUUACUUGACGUUAUUAAAGUUAUGUAG